UAUAAAAGCUGGAGAAUUUUGUGCCACCACAUUAGUCUCUUUUUCAAGCAUGAACGCUAAAAGUCUGCUAAUUUGGACCGCUCUUUUCGUGACUUUCUGCGUGGUCACCACGCAGAGAAACGAAAACAUGUUUUCACCAGCAGGAUGUCCCCAAAAUUCUCGCCCAGUGGAUUGCGCCCCGAAGAACCAGAGAUAUUGUGGAGAUAACCAGGAAGAAAAUCAAGUUGUGACCAAUGAGGAAAAAGAGGCCGAAGAGGACAAUUGUGAGGAAAAUAACUGCAUUUGUUUCGAAGGAUACAUCUGGAACGAAGAUAAAACUAAAUGUGUAGAACCCUCAGAGUGCGAUAACAACUAAGAAAGAAUCUUGAAAAUUCGCUUAAGACAAUAUUGAUAAGAGGAGCAAUUUAUUGUUCGGAAGUAUUUGUCUUGUUAAUUUAAGACACUCAUUGUUUUGCGAAUCAAUAAAUAUUUAUUCAGAAAAACAUUGUCAGAACCUUGCUCUAUAUUUCAACUCUCACAUUAACAGAUGUCUGAAAUUGCGUAAGCUUGAAAAGAAUAUUUGGGUUUGCCAUUAACAGAAAAAUAUAGCAUUAAAUUGAAGGAGGACCCAAGAAAAUGUAAAAAUAAGUAUUUG